UCAGUCAGCCAACACACGGCAUAUCAGCAGCAUCCUCUCCACCUGCUUCUGUCUCUGUCUCCCUCUCUCUUUCUCACUCACACACACACACACACACACACACACACACACACACACACACACGUGUGUUGUCACCCCCGGGAGCAGACGACUAGCCUCCUCACGCAGCAUCGCAGAGUGAACCUGUGUAAACAGGUCAGAGAAGAAGAAGAAGAAGAAGAAGAAGAAGAAAGAGGAGGAGAAGAAGAAAGAGGAGGAGAAGAGGAAACUCUUUCACUGUGAAGAAAAGAAGAGACUGAAGACCGAGGCACGCAGGUCGGCAUGGUUACCCCAAAAGCCCUCCUCCCCCUCCUCCUGCUCACCUUCACCGCGGGGGGCGUGUUUCUCACGCCACUGAGCCCCGCCCCGACCGUUCCCGUGGCGAUGACCCCUCCUCCUGACCCCUGUGAGGGACGGCCGUGUCUGAAUGGGGGGGUGUGCGCCCCCCAACCUGAUGCUGAGGUGACCCCAGAGAACCUGCCGGACUCCUCGGCUUACUCCUGCGCCUGCACCCCCGGCUUCACUGGACACAACUGCGAGUUUUUCGCAGACCCAUGUGCCAGCAGCCCCUGUGUCCAUGGCAACUGUAGCCGCGGUGACGAACUGGAUGUGUUCGCGUGCGAGUGCAGCGAGGGCUUCGGCGGGCAGCGGUGCGAUCAGCCGACCUUUGACCCCAACGCGCCUAGCUGGGACGUUGCGGAGAGCUUCGCACCCGAGCACGCCACUCCAGCCACGCCGGUCACGCCCACCACCGCCACUCAAACCACCGAACCAACCACUGUCCCCAGCACCACGCAAGUCCCUCCCACCCUGCAGCCAUGGCUACCGAAGGCGGGACAGAGGUUUGUGGAGGUGCAGUGGGACGAUGAGCAGAUGAGGGAUGGUUCAGGUUGUGGGACAUCAGGUAUGCUGACCGUUUCCCUGGAGGUUGCUGAGGACACAGAUGUGAAGAUUAUAGUGAAUGUAAGCGGAGCUCCAGUUCUGUGGCGUGUCGGGGUGUCUGAGUUUGUCACAUGUUCCCUAUUGGGGGGGUCUGUUGUCCCCCCCCUGCAAGCUCCCGAUGGUUUGGUCCUCCCAGACGCCUCGCUCCACAUGGGCCAGGACUACUUCAUCGGUGUCCUGCGUCUGGGCAGUCCUGAGGGCCCAGAGGUGGCGUUGCGGCUGCACGUCACCCGUAAGGCCAGCAGCUGUGUGGAGCCCGGCAGCAGCUUCAGCGACCCGCAGUGCUCUGGGAAGGGCAAGUGCAUCACCCAGCCCUCCGUGGACACCUUCUAUUGUGAAUGUGAUGACGGCUUUACCGGAAUAUUCUGUGAAGAGUACGACGCGUGCCACCACAAGCCAUGCGAGAACAACGGCACCUGCACCGACCUGCGACAGGGGGGCCAGGGGCGGAACUUCACCUGCUCCUGCUCACCAGGCUUUGAGGGGGACCGUUGCCAGGGUCUGGUUGAUCACUGCCUGUCUCAGCCAUGUAGAAAUGGAGCCUCCUGCUCAAGCAGUCUGGCUGGACCCCACUGCUACUGCCCAGAGGCCUACCAGGGCAGCUUCUGUGAGCAGAAGGUGGAUCCGUGCGCCUCCAGCCCGUGCCACAACAACGGCAGCUGCAUGGCCCAGGGAGGGGCCUCGACGCUGGGCUUCAGCUGCACCUGCCCCCCUGGCUUCACCGGGCCCACCUGUGCCCAGCUGGUGGACUUCUGUGCCCUCAACCCUUGUGCCCAUGGCAUCUGCCGCAACGUGGGCACCAGCUAUAGGUGUCUGUGCGUCCCAGGUUAUCAUGGUCUGUACUGUGAAGAAGAGUACAAUGAGUGUUUGUCAGCUCCGUGUCAGAACUACGCCACCUGUAGGGACCUCAUCAACGCCUACGAGUGUGUGUGCGCUCCACUGUACGAGGGAAGGCACUGUGAGAUCUAUAAGGACCCCUGUCUGAAAGUGCACUGCCAAAACGGAGGCCACUGUGAGAGUGGAGGACUCAACGCCUCCUGUGUGUGUCCCCCAGGAUACUUAGGGCAACACUGUGAGGUGGACAUCAAUGAGUGUGAGAGCAAUCCCUGUCACCAUGGCGGCACCUGCAUCAACCAAUCAAACGGCUACGCCUGCCACUGCCCUCCCGGCUGGGUUGGAGGCAACUGUGAGAUCCACCUGCAGUGGAAGCCAGCGCACCCUGACGAGACCCUGACCAACAUGCCGCGCCACUCUCUGUACAUCAUCAUCGGGGCGCUGUGCGUGGCCUUCGUCCUCAUGCUCAUCAUCCUCAUCGUGGGCAUCUGCCGAAUCAGCCGCAUCGAGUACCAGGGCUCCUCGCGCCACGCCUACCAGGAGUUCUACAACUGCCGCAGCAUCGACAGCGACUUCAGCAACGCCAUCGCCAACAUACGCCAUGCCAGGUUUGGGAAGAAGUCUCGGCCUGCCAUGUAUGAUGCCACUCCCAUCACCUAUGAAGAUUACAGUCCCGAUGACAAGCCUCUGGUCACACUUAUCAAAACGAAAGAUUUGUAAAACACACACACACACACACACACACACACACACACACACACGUUCACACACACACACACACACACACACACACACAUGCACACACUCCUACAUAUGCAUUUAAGCCCAGCCUUUCUGAUCAGUCAAUGCCAACCAUUCUGUAUUACUUUUUUUUGUUAAAAAAGGGCGUUAUUAUAAUCAUUGUAAAUGUUCCUCUAAACAAAAGAAAAUAAUAUGACACAACAUGAAAAGCAGAAAGAUCUAGAAUAGACCCCUCUUCUAGAGGGAUAUGUGACAGUAUUUCAAUUUUGCUCCCAUUCCCCUACCCACAAUGCUUUGUGAUGGUUUGCAUCGCACAGUGCGGUCGUGGUUCGGGACAGGCCCAAGCACACACAGACUUCUGCUCUAUAGCUGAAUGUGAGUAGUCGUUCACCUGCGCAGACUUUUCCUUUUUACUGUAUA